CAACAAAAACGUAAAAGGGAGCAAUCUUUCAUUGAAAAUGAGAAUAAAGAUCAGGAUAUAGUAUAUGAAAACUUAGAAAUCGAUAGUAUAGUUGAAUAUAUUGGAUAUGCUAUUGAUAAGUAUCAAGGUUUAGCAAAUAAUGAGAAGAUUUCAGCAUUUAUUUUUGGAUACAUUAUAGAUAUUAGUUUAUUGGAAAUGCUAUUAAAAAAAAUUGCUGAUUUUUUAAUUAAACAUAUUGAAGAUGCUGAUAAUUAUAAAUGGCAAUUUCCUGUUCGUAUAAUUGCAUUUAUAACUGAAAUUUAUAAUAAGCUCCAAAAAUCAAAAAUAAAAAUUAAUGAAUAUGGUAUUGAUGCUACUUAUAAAACUAAUGAUCUUGGCUUUGAAUUAUAUGCUCUUCAUGCAGAAGUUGAUAGAACUAGAUAUCCUCUUUUAUAUUUAUUGUUAGAAAAUAAUAGAAAUUGCAAAGAUGGAGUUCGUACUAGUAUAAUUCAAUAUUUUUUAGCUCAAAUAUAUGAUAUUAGAAUUAUACCUGAUUUUUUAUUAACAGACAAAGAUUUUGUACAAAUGAGUGCUGCUUCUUUUGUUUGGCCAGAAACUAAAAUAUAA